UUAUCGUCUUUCGGAGUUGACAAGACAAUAUGGAGUACGAAAGGGUUUUGCUAGUUAAACAAGAAGUGUUUGUUUAUAGAAUACCACCGAGAUCUACAAGUCGAGGAUACAGAGCAUCAGACUGGAAACUUGAUGCUCCCGACUGGACCGGAAGAUUGAGAGUCGUAGCAAAAGAUAAUGACUGUAUAUUAAAAUUGGAAGACAAAAACACUGGAGAAUUGUUUGCAUCAUGUCCAGUGGACAAAUAUCCCGGAGUCGCCAUUGAAGCCGUACUCGAUUCUAGUCGAUACUUCGUACUCAGAAUACAGGAUGGAAAUGGACGAUCAGCAUUUAUUGGAAUUGGGUUUGCAGAUAGGAGUGAUUCUUUUGAUUUAAAUGUUGCAUUACAAGAUCAUUUCAAAUGGCUUCAAAAAAACGAAGAGCUUGAAAAUCCAGUUACCGAUACCACUCCUCCUUUAGAUCUUAGUUUUAAGGAAGGAGAAACCAUAACUAUAAACAUGAAUAUUACAAAAAAGGGAGGCUCGGCUAGGCAGAGACAAAAACCAGCAAAUUCAAGCGGUUUGGGACUGUUGCCCCCUCCACCCGGUGGAAUUAGGAUACCACCACCUUCUGGUGCAAAAUCGCCUAGUAGUCCCAAACUUAUAAGUCCCAUUAACCCAGCAACGCCAAUUACUACUAAAGAUUCGGAAAAUUCUUCGGGUUCGAGUCUACUUUUGGACUUAGAUGCGCCGACGUCAGUUUCUAAACCCAAUGUUGCACAUCCACCUACAAGUGCAGGAAGUGAUUUAUGGGGAGAUUUUGCAACAGCUAAAGGGAAUGAAAACUGUGAGAAUUCAAAUUCCAAGUUAAAUGAUUGGGUGCAAUUUUAAUGAAUUCUUUGACAUUCCACCUUGGCUAACUAUUCUUCUUGUAUAAUAGUCAACAUUAAUCCAAUAGGAUAUAAAAACAAAUUAUUAGUACAGAAAUCAAUGUACAACUUCAUGCAGAUAUAUUAUUGUUUUUGUUAUUGACUUGUUCAGUAAAAGUUAACAACUAUUUGAAUGAUCAAAAUUGUCAACAAUGUUAGGAUUAAUAUAGUAGAAAUGUAAAAUUGAUGAUAAUUACAUUAAUUGUAAAUUUAAAAAAUAUGCAAGUUGAAAAAAUUGUGUAUAUAUAAAUGUGUAUGUGAUUCUUAAAAUUAACAUCAAAUGUAUGCAACUAAUUACGCAUACCUUCAGAAAUUCAUUAAAUUUUGUACAAUUUUUUUUAAUUAUAUAACAUAGUAAGCUAA